AGAAAACCCUAAAGGCCAUGACCACCAGACUCCUGUGGAAGGCCUUGUGCCUGCUGGCUGUACUGUGCACCUUGUCCUCCCAUUGCUUCGCUGACAACCUGCCACAACCCACAGCCCCAGAACAGGGAGUCACCUUCAGUCAUGUCUAUAAAAUUGACCUCCAGGGUGGCUCUAGCUGUAAACUUGAGAGCGUGCCAAGCCAGGACGGGACAGAUCUGCAGACAGCGACAACUAAGAAUGGAGAUAACGACAUCAUCCUCAGACACAACAUCAAGCUACAGGCACCGAAGUGUAACUGUGAUGAAUCAGAAAGCUUCAAGUCUCUCAUGUACAGAGUGAACGGGCUGGAAGAAGAAGUAAACUACCUAAAGACCCAGUGUAGUCAAGGAUGUUGUGGAAGUGGUGGUGCUGCAGGAGUUGACACAAGCUGCAGUGGCCAUGGCACCUACCAACAGGACACCUGCAGCUGCCUCUGUAACCCAGGAUGGGAAGGCCCAGAUUGCUCAGAGUCCUCCUGCCCAGACGAGUGUAAUGACAAUGGUCGAUGUGUGGAUGGGAAAUGCGUGUGCCAUCAGGGCUUCACAGGAGACGACUGCAGUCAGCCGAUGUGUCCAGAUGACUGCAAUGACAAAGGACAAUGUGUGGAUGGAAAGUGUGUGUGUUUCCCACACUUCACCGGUGAGGACUGCAGCAUCCAGAAGUGUCCCAAUGACUGCAUUGGCAACGGCCGGUGUGUGGAUGGCCAGUGCAUCUGUGAUGAAGGCUUUUAUGGGGAAGACUGUUCAUUAGUGCUCGGUCCACAGGGUCUGCAGUUGGUCCAGGCGACUGAUGUGUCACUUUUGGUUGAGUGGGAGUCUGUUCGUGGAGCAGAGUAUUACAUUUUGACGUAUCAUCCCAAGGGUGAUAAGCGCGCCAUGGAGCAGGUCCAGGUCCCCAACACAGAGAACUCUUACCUCAUCACCGGCCUGUCUCCCGGGGUCACCUACAUCGUCCAGGUGUAUGCUGUCAUCAAGGAAAUCCAAAGUGAAGCAGACAAGAUUGAAGCUACCACAGAUGUUACAGUCAUCGAUGAUAUCCACAUUCUUGGCCAGACAGAGGAUUCAAUCCAAGUGGAGUGGAAGAACCCACCAGCAGAGGUGGAUCACUUCAAGCUGACACACAUUGACCCGGCGGGACAGGAGGAGGAGCAGAACGUUCGGAUGAGCCAAGAGGCGCGCACAAAACACACUAUUGUGGGUCUGUUUCCAGGAACAGAGUACCAGAUCUCCGUCCAGGCCAUCAAAGGAAGCACUGAGGGGAAACCUUCCUCUGUCAAUGGAGCCACAGACAUUGACUCCCCUCCCAACCUGGCCACCACUGAAGUAACAGAGGACACUGCAACAGUUUCCUGGAAUCGGGUCCAGGCAGAAAUAGAAGGCUACAUGUUGAGCUACACCUCUGCUGAAGGCUCCAGUGCAGACAUUCCUGUUGGGCGAGACCUCAGCUCAUACAGGCUGGUUGGCCUAAGGCCUGGAGUUCUCUACACGGUCUACAUCUGGGCUUACAAGGGAGACAGAGUGAGCAGGAAGAGUUCAACGGAGGCUGAAACAGAGCUGGAUGCUCCAACAAACGUCAUGGCCCAAGAUGAAACAGAGUCCAGCUUCAGGGUGUCCUGGGAUCGACCCCAGGCCGAAAUUGACGGCUACAUGUUAACCCACAGCUCCACUGAGGGCUCGAGUGAAGAAAUCCCUCUUGGGUCAGACACUUCUUCAUAUGUGCUGACCGGCCUGAGGCCUGGGGUCCUCUACACAGUCGACAUCUGGGCCAUCAAGGGGAGCAAAGCCAGCAGGAAGGUUUCAACACAGGCCGAGACAGAACUUGAUGGUCCUGCUAACCUCUCAGCUCGAGAUGUGACAGAGUCCAGCUUUGUCGUGUCAUGGGAUCCAAUCCAGGCUGCGAUAGACGGUUACAUGCUAACCUACAGCUCCUCUGAGGGCUCUAGUGGGGAGAUCCCUCUGGGGCCUGACAGCACAUCCCACAUGCUUACAAGUUUGAGGCCUGGAGUCCUUUACACAGUCUACAUCUGGGCCAUCAAGGGACCCAAAGCAAGCCAGAAGAUCUCCACACAGGCUGAGACAGAACUGGAUGCUCCUUCUAACCUCUUAGCCCGAGAUGAAACAGAGUCCAGCUUCCUCGUGUCUUGGGAUCCAGUCCAGGCCGACAUUGAUGGCUACAUGCUAACCUACAGCUCCUCUGAGGGAGAUAGUGAGGCGAUUCAAGUCGGGUCUGACAGCACCUCUUACACACUGACUGGCCUGAGGCCUGGGGUCCUCUACGCAGUCUACGUCUGGGCUAUCAAGGGGAGCAAAUCAACCAGGAAGAUUUCCACAGAUGCAGAGACAGAGAUGGAUUCACCCAGGGACCUGAAGGCGACCGAUGUGGAGCUGGACUCUGCCGUUCUAACCUGGAUUCCUCCUCUGGCUGACAUUGAGGGGUACAUCCUCACAUACAGAGACGAGGAGGCCAACACUGAGGCUGUGGAAAAGCGUCUUGGAGCCGGAGAGAGCAGAUUCUCUCUAUCCGGUUUGGGGAUGGGAAAGAGAUACAUUGUGACCCUCAUAGCCUACAGGGGGAACAAGAGGAGCAGAGUGGUGGAGACUGUCUUUAAAACAGUCAGUAUCGGUUACCCCUUCCCCAUGGACUGUGUUCAGAUCAUGAAGAACGGCAAUAAGCAGAGUGGUAUCUACACUGUCUAUAUUAACAAUGAUCGCUCCAAGCCAAUUGAGGUUUACUGCGACAUGGACACUGAUGGAGGAGGCUGGCUUAUGCUCCAGCGACGUACCACUGGCAAGCUGGACUUCAUGAAGCGCUGGAGGCAGUACAUAGCUGGUUUUGGCGAUAUGACAGAUGAGUUCUUCAUCGGUCUGGAUAAGAUAUAUGAGCUCACCAACACUCCCACUCAGUAUGAGCUGAGAUUUGACCUGGGCCUUGGAUCAGAGAGAGCGUUCGCUGUUUAUGACAACUUUAAGAUUGCACCGGUCAAGCAGAAGUUCAAACUCACUAUUGGCACAUACAGAGGAACAGCAGGUGAUGCUAUGACCUACCACCAAGGCCGGCCCUGGAGUACUGUCGACUCGGAUAAUGACAUCGCCCUGGGUAACUGUGCCUUGACCCACCGUGGAGCCUGGUGGUACAAGAACUGUCACCUGGCCAACCUCAACGGAAAGUGGGGAGACAACAGGCACAGCUUGGGAGUGAACUGGGAGCCAUGGAAGGGUCACCUGACAUCCCUUGACUUCACAGAGAUGAAGAUCCGACCUGUGGGAGCUUUGUCCAGCAGGAAAAGACGAUCGCUGAUGGCAAGAGAGAAGAGCAAAACCAAAAACCUCCAAAAAGUAUAGAAGAGCAUCUACAACUGAAGUUGCACAGUCAUAAUCAGUCCCAUUAGCCUGCUAUAUGCCAGAUUUUGGUGUUUCCAUACACAAUUAUGUCACGGUGCUAACUACACAAGAAUCCUCGCUGAUCUCCAUGCCUGUGUGUGUCCCACCUCUUGGACAAAAUGUACACUUGUAUGAGAAAUGCUCACAUGUUCUAGUAACUUAUUUUCUCCUCAGAUACAACAAGAUGAUCAGAAAGCUUUAACGGGAUAAGGGGAAAAGCAGCAAAGUGAAAUCUCAAGCCUUUUGAAGUAGGACAUUCACAAGUUAAGUCUAUCAGCUAUAAUGCAGUUUUAAUUUACAAACUAUUGUUUCGCUGAUCAUGAUAGUAACUAGUUUUGAAUCAGGAAACAACAGAUAAAGUUAAAUUGGGAAGCAGAAUCCAAUUUAUCUUCUUCAACUGCAUUCAUUUUAAUUUCUUUUUAAGCCUCAGGACAGCAGCCGAGGUUAUUUGUAUUAUAUAUUUGUUUAUUUUUUUGUCCUACAAAGACCCUGAGUAGUAACUUUUCUUGUGUAUAGUACUUUUUGUCAUAACAAAAUAAAUGUUAAAAAUAGUUAAAA